AUGUUCGUCCGGGGCCAGGAAAUCGUGUCUGGUGGCCAGUGCAUCCACGAGCCGCACAGGCUCGAAGAGAACAGGCGCAAGUGGGGCAUCAAUCCCGAGGAUAUGGAGGAAUAUCUGGAGACUUUCCGCUGGGGUGCUCCACCUCAUGCCGGUGCCGGUGUUGGCCUCGAACGUCUGCUGAUGCUCCUACUCCAGCUUCGUCAUCCCGAGGGUUCCACUGUCGAGCCGCCAUGGCAAGAGCGUACGCGCGUGGCUACCGAUACCAGCGAGCUCCAGCCGCUGGAGAAGCAUAUUGCCAACUAUGGAGACGCCUCAUCCACUUCGUGGUUCGAUGAGCAAUUUAAGAUCUGGCGUGAUAUGGCUACUGGCCGUAGCUCAUGUGCCCAGCAGCAGCAAAUACGUUAUCAUCUCCGAUUGUCCUGCAUUGCCGAAGAGCGUGUAGAACCCUCACGCAACAAAACCGGCUCUGACGGCGAGAUUGCCCGCAAAUUGCGCCGUGCCGAGAGCAUCAACGUUGUGCCUCUCAACCAGGGUGAGCUGGCCUCCGAGGAAAUUCGUCAGAAGAUAGAUCACCGCAUUGCCGAAUGGCUCUUCAACCGGAAGGGCACUCAAGUGCAUCUCUCCGAGAUCCGCCCGUAG